AACAACGACUUUAUGUGCAUUCAAGAACAACAUCCACGUUCACGCGCAACUCUCAAAAAGUCAAAAACACGCUUUCAAGUUACAGUAAUAUCCUGCGAACAUUUUCAAGAUCCUCAUCUUUGUCUCUGUAAAAACGUACGUCUACAACCGACAAGCAGAAAAAAAAUGUCUAAAGGAUGUCUAAGUUGUUUCAAUAUCAUACGUUUCAGGAAAAAGCAUAGUAAGAAGCAACACAAAUCUGUGAAAGCUAAGGAUGUGGUUGAGCCGGUAGUACUAAAACAUGAUGAAGAGAAGACGAACACCGUAUGGACAUCUGGAUACAUCCAACCUGAAUAUCUCUCCACUAAUUCUGGUUUCUAUGGAAAACUUGGGGAAGGUGAUUCUUCUUCAUCGUUGAAAAAUGAUUUCAACAAAGUGAAGACUUUUGAUUUACGAGGAGUGACAACAACAAAGGAGAAGUAAAGGACGAGGAUGUGAUUUAGCUUGAGAUGUAAUGUCUCGUCCUUCAUGUUUAAACUUUUUUUUUGCAAACACAAGAUUUUGCUUUCUUAUUCAAUAUUAUAUAGUCUUGUCUUGAUCCACUGAUCAGUGCUUUUAUGUACUUGAUUACAUGUUUAUCUAUGCUUGAAUUAGUAAUGAAAUUUUAUAUG